GUGGGACCGAAGACGUCCAAACGCCACCACUGUCUGAGGAACGACAACCUGGGGGGCACAAACCACAGCUCUCCUCACAUGUAGCAUGUCGGACAGUGAGGAAAUUACCAACACUUUCAAGUGGUUUGUCCAGAGACUUAGACACUGUGAGACUGGGUGGUGUUUGAGUGACUCCCACUGGUCCAGUCUGCUCACACACCGGAGCACAACACAGCCGUCUGCUUAGGCAUCUGUUUACACGCACAUCUGCCUGAGCGUGACCGUGUGAAGUGACAUUAAACUUGUUUUAACGGUGACCGUGAGGCCAUUGUUUACUCUGAUGCUUGAAGUGAUUGUUGUGGAAGCUUACAGGUUUCCAGACAUAUUUGUUUUUGCUUAAAGGACAGUAACUUGUAACAGUAACUGUAUGCGAUGACCCAAAUAUUUAGCGAGUAAAAUCUUCACAUCGCUGUUUUUCUUUUUCACCCACCAUAUAUGAUACGUGUGGUGGUCAGAGGUACAAGCCCAGAAUUUCCAGCUCCCAUGACUGGGAUCCUGUGAUGCAGACUAUGGUCAUAUGAUGAUGGACGCUACUGUACAGGAAACCCCUGCUUCUGUGUGUGGUCACUUAAUGAUCAUCUACUGAGCUAAAAGUUGAACCUGCUGGUUUCAAUCCAGCUUUCCUGUGGGCAGUAGCAGAAUGUCCAGGCCUCAAACUGAAACCUCCUGCUGGUGAGUUAUCGACACCUGACCAUUUACAUCAUAUUGUUUCUGAAGGAUUUUAAGUGAGUGAGGUCUUCUCCAAACUUCAGACUCAAGUAACACAGUUUGAAUCAAACAAAUUGAAUCAAAAUGACCCAAAUAUGAGCAAAAAAACACCAAAAUACAUUUUUUUUAAUGAAAACAAUUUUAUUUAGGAUCACAACCUUUUCUUUGAAGCCGUAAGGUAUUUUCCACAUAAAGAUGAGCUGCUGCUGAAUCAGAGGCGCCUGACGUGAUGACGUUCCUGACAGACUGUCUGCCGCUGCCUCGGCCGGCGUGUUGCGACCUGCUGUCCCGGCAGGAAAAGCAGCUUCAGGAGAGCGUCCCAGAGGAGCCGCGGGGGCCGAGGUGGCUCCAGCUUGUUGUUGAGAUAGGAGGCUGCUACAGUCAGCCUCCCUCCCCCGGGACGCUCGUCUGUUAUCAUCUCUGUCAAUUGUUGGUUCUCCUAAAUUAAAGAGCCAGAGGCGACUGAGGCUGCUUCUCCUUCAUAUUACCAGACGCAGCAGAUGCUGAUAAACACGGUGGAAAUUAUCAGAUAUUAACAGUCUGAGGUGUUUCACAUUGGGGUUGAUCAGUCCAUAAUAAACACUUUCCUUCAGUCCACAGUAGUUUAUUGGUGUUUUUUUUUUUUUGUUUUGGUGCCGGACCUGCACCUCACAGCUGAGACAAGCACUGUUAAACCGGGCUGGAAGCUGUGGACUCUCAGACACUUGUCUUCUGCUUGUGUUGUGGUUUGGUUCCGCCAGAUGGUCAUGGGUUUUAAUUUAAUGCUAAUAUUAAUUAUAGGUGUAACCCUAGUUUUCUAUUAUAUCCGUAUGCUUAAAAGCGACAACAUUUGAUUCCAUCUUUUGGUGGCUUUUGGUUUAUUAUUCAUAAUAAACACAUUUUAAAACACAUUUUAGUGUCACUUCUAGUAUAUGCAUCAGUUCGUUCCAACUGUUAUUUCUUUGUACUUCUCAGAAAAAAAGUCUUGACGUCUCUCAAUUAAUUCUAGGGAAAGAAAAAAUUAGAAACAUUUUUCUGCGCACAAUGGGGAGAGAGCGCGAGCGAGCGAGUGAGCGAGCGAGGAGGGGAGAGAGAGGGGAGCGUGCAUGCGCCGUCGGCAGACAGUGAAGCGCAACAGACACAAGGCUCAUCCGCUCGCCUCCCCAUUGACGUCAGAGCGGUAUCACAUGAAGGAGCAGGAACCAAUCGCCACCGCGCUGUCGGAGAGUGUUGGCACUGUACGCCAAGAUAGGGGAAAAGACUGAAUAAAAGAAAACCGUGCCAGUGAGCCUGUAAUGACCACCAGAGCCCGCGGAGGAGCCUAGCGCCGCCGCCAUUGGAUACGUCGCCUCUUUUCGCCUCCGUUUUACGCGCUCGCCGCGGUGGAUUUGCGUGUUUGGCACCGGGGCGAACGGAAGGGAUAAGGCCAUGGCCCUAACGUAUUGAGUAGCUCGCUGGUGGUGGGGGGAGGCGAGGCGCGCGCCGUCAAGGCGAUUCAUGGGGCAUUGUGUGGCGAGAAAAUGGUGGAUUAUUUGCGCUGUACCAUAAAAAGCUCGCGCCGUGUGGAUUUCCUGUCGUGAGACGUCGUUUCUGGGCCUGUCGGUGCGCGAGGUCGUGUUCUAGCGCUGCUAGGUAGGUAGGUACCCCCCCCCCCCCUCGGCUCCAUUCGCACGACCUUACCCGCUUCUCCGCUGUCCGGGCCUACAUGUAGGACUGUUGUGUUGCCGCGACGCGUUCACGGACACGACGUUCGGUUGGAUUACUAAGAUAUGGAUUUCAACAGCGGCGGAGGAGGCGGCGGCGAGAUACACAACAACCAGUUCUAUCAGUGCGAGGAGAACAAGCCCCUGCUGGGCGAAAUGUCGGAGGGGAAUAACAACACCAAGCUCGGCGCGGGGCCGUGCAAGAGGUCCCUGCACCACUGCAACAGCAGCGGCAUGCGCUACAAGCUGCUCCACGAGGGCGACAUCCAGGUGUGCGUGGUCAAGCACCCCCGCACCUUCCUCAGCAAGAUCCUCACCUCCAAGUUCCUGCGGAGGUGGGAGCCGCACCACCUCACGCUGGCAGACAGCAGCCUGACCUCGGCCACCCCCACCGGCUACAUGGAGACGUCCCUGUCCUACAGCACCAUAGAAGACCUGCAGCUCCUCUCAUGGGACAAUGCUCCAAAGUACUGUGUCCAGCUCAGCUUCCCAGGCGGCACCGUCCUGCUGCAGGCAGCGAACAGCUACCUGAGGGACCAGUGGUUUCACUCCCUGCAGUGGAAGAAAAAGAUCUACAAGUACCGCAAGGUUCUGAACAACCCGAGUCGCUGGGACGUGGUGCUAAAGGAGAUCAGAGCGCUGGUGGACAUGGCUCUGACGUCGCCGCUGCAGGACGAGUCCAUCCACCAGGCUCCCCUGCACAUCAUCUCCACGCUGCUGGCUGAGAACUCCAACCUGAGCCCUCAGGACCAUGAGAACAUCAUUGUGGCCAUCGCUCCUCUUCUGGAAAACAACCACCCACCUCCGGACCUGUGUGAGUUCUUCUGUAAGCACUGUCGGGAGCGGCCGCGGUCAAUGGUCGUGAUCGAAGUGUUCACUCCUGUGGUCCAGAGAAUCCUCAAACAUAACAUGGAUUUUGGGAAGUGCCCUCGACUUCGUCUCUUCACUCAGGAAUACAUCCUGGCUCUCAACGAGCUCAACGGUGGGAUGGAGGUUGUAAAGAAGUUUGUCCACAGCAUGCACGGCCCGACGGGCCAGUGUCCCCACCCGCGCGUCCUGCCCAACCUGGUGGCCGUGUGUCUGGCUGCCAUUUACUCCUGUUAUGAGGAGUUCAUCAACAGCCGUGACAACUCCCCCAGCCUGAAGGAGAUCAGAAACGGCUGCCAGCAGCAGAACGACCGCAAGCCGCCGAUGCCGCUCCGACUGCUGCGCCCCGAGCCCCCCACGCCUCCGCCCGCCACCAUCCUCCCCCUCUCCCCCAACCCCAGUCCUCCCCAGCCGCCCCCCGCCGCCCCCGCAAACCCCGUCGCGCCCGUCCCUAUCUCCUCCCCGACGCCCACCCUGCCCCUCUCCCCUCCGCCCUCCGUGGUCAACUCCAGCGAGAUCCUGGUGGAGCUGGAGCGGAACAACUCGGCCAACGUCGGGCGGAAGGGCGGUCCGGCGGGGGGCGACAGUGAGCCCAACCUGAUCGACUGUUUGCUUGUGAGCCCAGCCCUCAACACGCUGUCCAUCCAGCUGCCGGCGCAGGCCGACCGCGUGCUGGGCUGCUUCGCCCUCAUCCUCAAGAUGCUGUCAGACUAUGAUGACUGGAGACCGGCCCUGGCCAGCCUGCUGCAGCCCAUCCCCUUCCCUAAAGAGGCGCUUGCACAUGCCAAAUUCACCAAGGAACUGAAAUAUGUUAUUCAGAGGUUUGCAGAGGAUCCAAGGCAGGAGGUCCACUCCUGCCUCCUCAGCGUGCGUUCAGGUAAAGACGGCUGGUUCCAGCUCUACAGCCCCGGAGGCGUGGCAUGCGAUGAUGAUGGGGAGCUCUUUGCCAGUAUGGUUCAUAUACUGAUGGGAUCCUGUUAUAAGACCAAGAAGUUCCUCCUGUCGCUGGCUGAGAACAAGCUGGGUCCCUGCAUGCUGCUGGCUCUGCGUGGAAACCAGACCAUGGUGGAGAUCCUGUGUCUGAUGCUGGAGUACAACAUCAUCGAGAACAAAGACACCCAGCUGCAGAUCAUCUCCACCCUGGAGAGCACCCAGGUCGGCCUCCGCAUGUACGAGCAGCUCUGUGACCGGCAGCGAGAGCUCAAAGAGCUGCAAAGGAAAGGAGGCCCCACGAGACUCACGCUACCGUCCAAGUCCACGGACGCAGACCUGGCCCGUCUGUUGAGCUCAGGUUCCUUUGGGAACCUGGAGAACCUGAGCCUGGCCUUCACCAACGUCACCAGUGCCUGUGCCGAGCAGCUCAUCAAGCUGCCUUCACUCAAACAGCUCAACCUCUGGUCCACACAGUUCGGGGACGCGGGUUUGCGGUUGUUAUCCGAGCAUCUGGCCUGCCUCCAGGUCCUGAACCUGUGCGAGACUCCGGUCACUGAUGCUGGUCUGCUGGCUCUCAGUUCCAUGAAGAGCCUUUGCAGCCUGAAUAUGAACAGCACCAAGCUCACAGCGGACACGUACGAGGACCUGAAGGCCAAACUGCCCAACCUGAAAGAUGUGGACGUUCGCUACACGGAGGCCUGGUGAUUCACCCCCGCCCAAACCCAGCCAGACGCACACACAGACCCGGGUUCCAAUGCAUAACAUAAAUACAGCGGUGGCGUCACCCAGCCAUCAUCUUGUCAUUAGACCAGGAGGUCCAACAUCAGGCCAGCGGAUCCCAGAAGCCACCCCCACCCCCCACAUUUGUGUCUGAGCAGCUCUGACGUCACCACCAGCCCCUUCAGUGGCGUGACUCUGGACGUGUGUCACGUUGGUCUACAUGACAUAUCUUGGACUUACCACACUCGUGUCGCCGACGUCCCACGGACCUCCCUUCUAUCGACCUGGUCGGAGGACUAUUGUAACUGUACCGGGACCUCCCCCUGCCCUCGUCCAUAUGUGGUCCCUCGGUUCCUCCCAUUAGAAGCUUCUCCUCUACCCUGCCCCGGUGCGAGGAGACACUGGACACAGCAGCUCUCAUUCCAACGACAAUGUAGCUCCCCACGCGGACGGGCCCACAUUGGCUGCCUGCAGCCGCUCACUGGUGAAGCCCUGCGUUGGGGAAGAUUAGGCGCUACCUCUGAGAGCGAGCUGCAGACUGUGCCUGUUCCUCACACAGCACCUUCACACACGGGAGAAAAAUGUUUUUACUAACUUGAAUGAACAUAUUUUUCCAGACAUCAGUGCUUUCAUAUAUUGUGUUUCUAUCUAAAUCGUGUAUAUGAAGACGAACCCCAGUGACAUUACACAAACAGGGAACGCUGAACAGCGAUGGCCACAUUUUUUCCUCUUUCGUUGCUCACCCAUCACUAUUUAAUAGAACCGUUGUGUAGCAGUAGCCGCGUGGUCUGUGACCGCCCAGUGCUCCUGAUUUCGUCCAAGCCGUAAUGAAGUAGAAGCCCCCCCCCCCAGCUCCAUCCUAACCGCUUGGAAAGAAAAAAGGCCAAACGUGGAUUUAGUUUAGUCCUCUUGUUUUUUUGCACACUGUGUCGUUGUGGUUUGGGUGCUGUUCCCUGGACACUGCCCCCGCCCCCCCCCCCCCCCCCCCCCCCCCCCCCUGCUGAAGGACCACAGUGCCUCUAGAGCUGUGGAUGGUUAGCUUCCAUUCUCCUAUCCUUAUUUGCCAUAACAUGUAGGUGACAUUUUGGUUCGUAUGGAUCGUCAGUGGACACACAUGACUGAAGGGACUCUGCCUGUCGACAUUCCCUCAACGUGUUUUCUGUCUGAACUGCCUGUCAAGUCGUCUCCUCUCUGUCAGCCUCCCUCUGACCAUCCACCCAUUUAUUUAUUUGUGGGCCUCCGGCCUGUGGACGACGGAGGCAGGGGCUGCAGCGAAGGACAGCAUCCGUCCACUACUCGCUUUGUUUCUUAUUUAUUUGGUGCCAUGACAAGUUUGCGUUUUGACCUGUUGGGGUCUGGCUUUAGGACCUCGUACUCUCUUUCAUAUUGUCUAGGAUGUAUAUACAAGUGUGUGUAUAUAGCUCUCUCCUCGUCUGACCCCCCUUUCUUUCUUCAUCUGUUUCUUUCAGCCUUGCCAGGCUGCUGUUGCCUUCAUCUUAUUUUUGUUGCUUCUCACACAAAGUGCACUGUAAUCUUUAAAAAAAUGUUUUAGAUGCAUAAUAUCUUUUAAGUUUCCGACAUCUUUGAUUUGAUCAUGUGUUACGUGUUCUUAUUUGCAUGUACAUGUUGCUGCGUCGUCUGUUUUUGUUUAGGGUUUGCUUUUGUUUUGGGGUUUUUUUCUGUAAUUUUGUUUUAUAAAAGUUUUGAAAUAUGAUAAAGGGUCUGAUCACUAUUUCACUGAGGUCAGGGACUGAAACUGAGAGAUCCCGCUCAUUUGUGAUUGGCUCAGCUCUCGCUCAUCCUGCUGUUGAACCAGAGUCAUCAUUUUUAGUGAGGCUGACGCGUCACAAUAAGACUUUGACCAUGUUCAUAUCAAAACUAACCCUAUUGUUUCCUGCCACAUAGCGACUGUAUGUUACAGGUGCUCACGGUCCGCAUUCGUGUUUAAUACGUCCACAUGCGUCACAGCUGAUGAUCACUGUAGUACUGUUUUAACUCUGGCAGCUUUUAGAGGUACACGUCAGUAUUUUUGGAAAUAUGAACCCAGACACACUGGGCUAGCGUGGCCUAGCUUAGCCUAGCCUAGGCUAAAGACGGACAUGUAAACUGUCUGGCACAGUCACAGAACUAGUAUUUCUGCUUGGCCAUACAGACAUGAAAGCACAUAUUUCCAAAAAGUGCAUCUGUUCCUUUAACCGACUGUCCAGUCCAGGGAGACCUGAACUCCUCUGUUCAGGCCCGGCUCGUCGAGGCCUGAGCCCAGCUCUCAUGGCGCCGCAUCCUGUGGAGCUCGCAGCACUUUGCUUUCCCAUCCUGACUCUUUUCACAAGCUGUAAACACUUUCUACCGUUUUAUACCAAGUUGUGUACAGAAGGAAGUGGGUCAGCCUGACAAAUCGGACUGAAAAGACUGUUUCCCAUGAAUCGUUGUAGUAAAUCCCUGUUUUGGCAGCUGAAACGAGGCCCUCGUGUUUCUCUCUCUUUCAGUCUUUCUCCGCGUUGAUCUGCUUCUCCUGCUGGAUUAUUGCUAUUACUGCUGCUCCGUGGCUGUUGUAAUAAAAAUACAAAAGACCGUCUACAGGAAAAAUAACUAUGAUGUUUAAUGAUUUCAGUCAAAUAAAAUUGUCUGUGAAUAUGUUUCA